GAUUACUGCUACUGAGGUUUAAGGCAUAUACAAAAUCCAGUGGAAAACUAAAAUGGGGCUGUGUCUUAGUUGAUCCUAUGCCAGUAACAGCUGCACUCAGUGCAAGUUCAGAAAUCUGUCUGCUGUUACUCUGAUGUCCCUAACUGUAAGUGGAGAACAUACAUGUAAACGUAUCGUGAUGAGUGAGAAUUUCUCCAUGGAGACAGAACUUUUGAAUCUUUCAAAUGGGCUGCCCGUCCGCAGCGUGGAUUAUAACCGAGGCACCGACAACAUCACGGUGAGGCAGGGAGACACAGCCAUCCUCAGGUGUUUUAUAGAAGAUAAAAGCUCCAAGGUGGCCUGGUUAAAUCGUUCUGGCAUCAUUUUUGCUGGUCAGGAUAAGUGGUCGCUGGACCCCCGCGUAGAGCUCCAGCAACUUUCUCUUCUGGAAUACAGCCUCCGGAUCCAGAAAGUGGAUGUCUAUGACGAGGGGUCAUACACAUGCUCUGUGCAAACACUACAUCAUCCCAAGACUUCCCAAGUUUAUUUGAUCGUUCAAG